GUGAGAGAGAGAGAGAGAGAAACAGAGGGGGAGGGACAGCGACGGUGCUCUUCUUGGUCCUUUCCUCACGAUCCAUUCAGUUCUUUAUUUGAAACCAAAGACGCUUGAACCAAAGAACUGUCAACUCUUCCUCAGAGGAAAAAGAAAAUAAGAAAUAUGUCGCCGUACACACGCUUGGGUUUGCAGGCCUUUUUCACAGCCGUCUUUACCACUACUGAUUUACUGCGACUCCUAACUUCUCCUUCCCAGAACCGCUGUCAUUACCAUUAUUAAAAGCAAGAAAAACAGGGAAAAAAAUGGGGGGAAGGAAGGGUAAAAGGAAAAAAAAAAAAAAGAAAAAAGAUCAGAACCCAGUUUCUCCAGUUGUUUUGUCUCCAGAAAGAUCCAAUCUUUUUUCCAUUUUUCGGGGGCUAACCAGUUAAAUUUGAUCGAAAGUACUGUUUGUCAAGAACCCCAUUUUGCGUUUAUAAUGAAUUUGUAGGGGAGGCACGGAGGGAAAGUCGAGAAAUUUUCACACGCGAUGCAGUGCGAGUGAAGUGAAAAUCUGCAUUCAUAUUUUUGGCACUUUGCAUUAAAACACUGCCGCUUUCAGCCCCCUGCCAUGUCCUGCUGCUUCCGCAGAGAUCUUUUCGGACUUCGGGUCGUCUUUGUCCCUGUCAGAGGCUACUAAUUACUCCCCCUGCCACUGGACCUUUUCUUGUAUGCCCAUUGGCAUUGCCAUUGCGCUCUCAUUCAAUUUCUUUCACCUAACGUUUCAUUUCCGCAGCUCCUCCUGUGUUUGAGCGUGUGUUUUUGGGCAUAGAGGAUCUUCCAUCGAUUUGAUUUUGGUUCGAGUUGGAAGUGCGGGUGUUGUUGGAUGGCUGCUCGGCCGGGCUGUUCGUCGUCGGUGCCGUCGCUGCCGCCGCCGUGCCCGAAGUCGCCGCCGGAGUAUCCGGACUUGUAUGGGAAGCGCCGGGAGGCUGCGAAGGUGCAAAUGCUGGAGAGAGAAAUUGGUUUUCUUGAGGAAGAAUUAAAGUCUCUUGAUGGACUUCCACCAGCUUCCAGAUGCUGCAAAGAGGUUGCCGAUUUUGUUGUGACAAAGGGCGAUCCUCUCAUAGAUCGGAAGGGAAAUAAAUCCUGCCGCUUUUGGAAGUGGCUCUGCGGAAUGUCCUGUUUUAGCCUCUCAUGGUUUUGCUGCUGCUGCUGUUCUGCGUGCCCAGUUCAUUUACAAUUGCCCUGCAGCUGCAAAUGCAACUCGUGCAGCUCAUCUAAAUGUUGCUCGUGUCCAAGUUGCUCAGCACGCAAGUGUCGGUGUUGCUCGUGUCCCAAAUCUGAUUGCUGUAGAGGCAUAUCUUGCUGUUUUAGAAGUUGUACCUUUUCCUUUCCUUCUUGCCCUAGUUGCUCUUGCUCUAGUUGCUCUUGCCCUAGUUGCUCUUGCUCUAGUUGCUCUUGCCCUAGUUGCUCUUGCUCUAGCUGCUCUUGCUAUUCCUGGCCUAGUUGCUCUUGCUCUAGUUGCUCUAGUUGCUCUUGCCCUAGCUGCUCUUGCUGUUCCUGGCCUAGUUGCUCUUGCUUUUCCUGCCCUAGUUCCUCUUGCUGUUCCUGGCCUAGUUUGUCCUGCCUUAAGUGCCCGAAGGUAAGCUGUUGUUUCAGUUGUAACUGUAAAAAAAUAUGUUGUGAUCCUCGCUAUUUAUGUUACUAGCACAAAGUUUAUAUGAA